AUGUUUAUUAGGCUUCUGCAGAAGAUAAAAGUAAAUUCACAGCAAAAAUGGAUGAUUUGUUAUAAACUCGAUGGUAAAUUUACUAAUUCAACAUUGAAUAUCGAGAACAUCGGAGCUUUGCUUCAUCAGUUAAAGCAAGAAAACUUUAUAACAGAGAUUGAAGCAAACGCAGCCGGAAUAAUUGAAAAACAUUAUGAUUUCUUCAUGACAAAUAUUAAGAACCUCGAAGAAAUUAAAAUGUAUGAUUUAACUGAAUAUGAAGGAUUAACGAUGAGCGAUAUUAAGAAAGGUAAGCCACAGAAGAGAGAAAAAAGAGAUGAAAGUAAAUUAACAGCACGUCAGCAAAGAUUAUUAAACAGACUUAAAGAAAUAGGAGAUAAACAGGAUAUAGAUGAUUUUUGGAAUGAAAUUCUUGAUGAAAAGAGAACGAAUAAAAAGAGAAGUGGAGAGUUUUGGAAGUAUCUUUGCAGAUUACCUAUAAAUCUUGAACGCUAUCAAAUUUUCAAUGAACUUAACAAAAGAACUGCUAAGUUGAUGACAGAAGAUAACUGCUUCGUUUAUGCUUGCAUUCAGGCUGGAGUUGAUGAGCAGACGGUAGACCACAUGCGUGAAGUUAUUAGAGUUAGAGAUUUUCCACAAAGUAAGAUUCAGGAAAUUUCUAACGCAACAGGCAUAGCAUUUAAUGUUACCAUUGGUUAUUUCAAUGACUCUAGACAUAAUGAAAUAAAGAGAUAUAUACCAAAAGAAUGUGAAACUGUUCGAACUAUUGACUUACUUCUUGUUGAAGACCAUUACAUGUUAAAUGAAAGAUUACCUAUGACAACAUAUUUUAUCAUAAAUUAUAACGAAAUUCUCAAAUCAUUAGGCGGCUGGAAUAUUGAGC